CUGACCGUCCUCUGACUGCUGACAGUCGGUUAGAGAGAGGGAAAAGCCGCCGCUGGAUCUUGAGUGUUGUCUGUUGGACAUCCCAUCGAACAAGCUGCUGCUUUGACAACAACAGUCGGUUUCUAGGCAACACAACAACAACCUGGCGAGCAUGGCGGAGAGCAAGCAGAGUGCAGAAGCCACAGUGUCGGAUGUCCAGAAGAAGAUCAGAGCAGCGUUUGAAGCGUUUGAUUAUGAGUCUAACAACACGGUGGAUGUCAGAGAGAUUGGCACCAUCAUAUAUUCCCUGGGUUGCUUUCCCUCUCAAGCAGACCUACACGACUUAAUAGCUGAGGUUGAAGAGGACCAAACAGGAUACAUCCACUUGGACAGUUUCCUCCCAGUCAUGAGUAAAGUGCUGCUGGAGCACAAGUUCCCUCCCAUCCCUGAGGACCUCCUGCUCCAGGCCUUUGAGGUUCUGGACAAAGAGAAGAGAGGAUACCUAGAGCCUGAGGAGCUGACUAAGUACAUGACACAGGAAGGUGAGCUCUUCACCCAGGAGGAGAUGGAUGAGAUGCUGACAGCACUGGCUGACCAUGAGAAGAACGUUGUCUACUACAAAGACCUAAUCAACCAGCUGACCAUUGACCCGGACAUGUAGACAAUGUCCCAGUGUGUCUACAAAAAUGCUAAAAAUAUUAGAAGCACACGUCUGUGUGUUUGUUGACUUUAUUAAUGCAAGUUAAUAUUAUGUUGUGCUAGUAGUUCUGAUAUGGUAUAAUAUAAUAAAUGUAAAU